CUGCCGCCUCAAACUUCGAAACCGACGCGGACGGACGGGCUGCUCAAUUCCCCAACGACUCGCACAAAGAGAGAACGCUCGCGCUUCUGUCGUGUCGUAUCGGCACAUUUCUCGGUUUUUCGUGGCACUUUCAACGCUGCUAAGUUGGCGACGACAGGAGGCGGCGUACGAUACUUGAAGGCUCUGUUUUCUUUUUUUCUCUAAUUUCUUUCCUUUCUUUCGUUAAAACGAAAGCGACAAUAAGGUAAGGGUGCGGAUCAACACCCUUCCAGCUGGUCAUCCGCGUAAAUUUCCCAGCUUCUUCCGUCGAGGGGAGAGAGGAGGAUAAGAGACCGUCUUUUUUCUUGAGGAACCUUUCGCGGUCAUCACCGUUUCUUCGAUUCCUCUACCAUACAAGACGUCCACUUGAGGGACUGGGAAACGUGACAGCGACACCAUGCGUCACCCCUGCGCAUUCGUCGUUGCUUUCAGCGUGGCACUGACACUUUUGUUCGCGCCCACUCUGGGAUUGUCGUCAGCGUCUUCACGACCCUCGGAAAACGAGGGAGGCACGUCGUGGGCGGACGAAGAGCUCGAGUACGCGGCCAGCGGCGGCCUCAUGGAGACUUCGGGAGGCGACGAAGAUGGCGGUGCGGACCUGGGCGGUGCCGACCCGCAGCAGCCGGGGCGACUGCCACCGCCGACGGCGGACAAGCGCAACCUGGCGGCCCUGGCUCGCAGCGGACGGCUGCCCCGGUUCCACUACAACAAAAAGCUCGGCCCGGCCGCCUCGCCCCUGCAGCCCGCCACGUCGCGGGUGUUCAUGGCUGGCCGGAGACUGCUGCCCACCGUCGGCGGGGGAGCCGCCAUGCCUCCGAUGCUGCGUCAGCACCAGGGCGGAGGCCAUGGCUGGCAACCCGAUGCCUGGACGGCGGCGGGCGACCAGGCGCUUCAGGGCGACGCGCCCGAGAAGAUGGGCGUCGUCGAGGCGCUGGGCCGCCUGUCCGAGGCCGCCAUCUUCCCCUACAUCGGGCCGCAUAGGUGGAUAAAGCCGUGGUUCUCGUUCUUGCCGUCUGUGCGUGUGCGAAGAGACGUCUCCAGCGGCCAAGGGCGGCGGCGGCAGCAGCAGCAACAACAGCACGAUGAAACGCAGCGCGAAGAUCAGCAGCGGUUCGGAGGAGAGCCGGCGUCAGCAUCGGGCUCGCAUCAGCCCGCGUCGCCGGGGCGUGCCAAGCGCAACGUGGCCGCCCUGGCGCGCAACGGCUGGCUGCCUCCGACCGCAGCGGCGGCGCCCUCAGAGGCGCGAGGAACCAGGGCCGAGUUUUUGCGUCGCUUUUCGGGCUCUCAGGCCCACGAGGCCAGCGCGGACGAGGAAGAAGGGUUUGUGCCGGAGGACGAGGCCUCCGACUUACCCGAGUGCGUCGACGAUGACGACGAGGAUGCGGACGAUAUCUUACUGGUGCCAUCAUUGGAGGAAGUCAAACGAAACUUGGGACGCAUGGCCAGAAUGGGCAGGCUUCCACCAUUCAACUACCGUCGUCCCUUACUGAAUACUGACGUGUCCGAGGCGACGUCUCCGUGGCCCCAGGACAGGCCUAAGCGCCUUGCGAAGCGCUGCCGGCCCCGCGGCGAGAACAAGCGCAACGUCGCCGCCAUGGCGCGCAAGGGGGCGCUGCCGCGCUCAUGAGCGGCCCCGACACCAGCGCCCUCUCUGCGUCACCUCUGCCGCCACGUGUGUCUCUAUCUCUCCUGUCUUCCCAGCGGUCAUCUAUGCGCUGCCCGAGGGGCACCACGAAAUCUCGCAGGAAUACGAUGUGUCUCAUAAACCGUGACUUCCGCCGGGACCCCGUCAAUUCCCUUGUUGCCACCCGCUACUGCUGACCCCAUAGACGUGCCCCGGAUACCAUUACACGCCCCUUUGUAGCCUGGCGGUUGUUCGUCGUCCUCCCCCGCUUUGAUUGUUAAUACGCCAUACGCUUUCCAAAAUACAAGAACGCAGAACUCACGUUCUCGGGAUGAGCUUCGUGCGGUCGCUCUAAGAUCGUCGCAUAUCAGCUGACGGGAUGCAGUUUUAGAACACUCUUUUUUUUUUUUUGUGACCAGGUUUCUUACUAUUCCCCUCCUUUCUUUUGUUCUUUCGCGUAGUUUCGCAGUGCUGGACAUUUUUUACCCCUCUGCAUCUAACAACGAGGCGUUUAAGUAAAAAGGCAAGCCAAUAUGAGAAGCUAUCGACAGUAUGAUUACAACCAGAAUUUCUUAGCGGAUUGGCUGCCCUCGCACUGGACUACGUUAUUCAAGAGCGUCGUAUAGGGCAUCCGUUUGUUUAUGUCUUAGCUGCUGUUCACAUAAACUCUGUUGCCUCACUCAUGUUCUUUCGGUUCGUGUAGCGUUGUCAUAUGAAUCAUUGUUCAUAUUUUUUUUCUUUUGUUGUUCUUGUGAGCACACAUGGAACGCAUGGGCCUACAGGAGUCUCCAAAAAGUCAUUUUCUAAUGGCACGAACUUCAAAACAUGGGGCCGCCAAGUUGCAUUCCAUGAACAAGCGAGCCUAAGCAUAAUUUUGGCAUACUUGAAGUUGGCUUUGAGACAGUACAAUCUACUGCCUAGUUUCUGAAGUUCUCUCACUGUUAGCUUUUUGAUUCUUCUUCUAGCAACCGUAGACUUGGAUAACAACUUGUGGUUACAGCGGCGGCACACACUGUAGGUAUGCAGGUUGCGAAUGACCUAAUGAACGUGGCUAUUAAGAAGCAAGAGAUUGAAUCGGACUUGACUGGUCUUAACGGUUUCCUUUUUUUUUUGGGGGGGGGGGGGAUUCACAGUGAUUUCCUAGGAAUGCUAACUGUAUGCUUGCUUGCCCACAAUUCAUCUAUGCUCAGAUUUUUUUUUUUUUUACGCUGUUCAGAGUCGCUCACGGGCACAGCUGAGCAAACUCAACCAGAAGAACUACUUUUUCUGUUAUCUUCAUGUCGUGCAAUAUUUUGUGAGCCUAGAGGAGUAGUGACGUUCUGUUCUCCUACUUGCCUGAAUUAUUCAUAAACCCGUUUUCUAUUCACCCUCUGUCGUUUUCUCGGCUUUUUGAACUUUUGAAGCAUCCUUUCAGGAGACGACGGCAGUGUAUAGACGGUGAGAUCACUCAGCGUCAUUUAGACGCGAGACCUGACUAUGGAAGGUAGGCCAGAGCCUUCGAGAAUGAGCCUUAGUCAGGGCAUUGUUCUGCGCGAAUAAGUGGUUUUAAAAAAAAAGUUCCAGGUAGAUGUGCAAACUACUCUUUCCCCCUUUCCUAUUGCAAGCCUGGUACAAAAUGAAGCUUUCAGUUCUUGACGAGCAGUCUAAUGGUAAAAGUCAUUGUCUCCUGUUCAAUGCAGAGCGCCGUGAGGGAUCUCUCUUUUUUUUUUUAGAACAUGUAAGAUGGUUAAGCGACAAAGGAAGAUCCGUUUGUUCCUAUUGUUGUGCCUAGUUUUCUUUCAGAAGUAAUAUAAGACGUUGACUAAAGAAUGCAAGACAUGUCCGCACUUUCUUAACUGAAGUAUUACAUCAUCGUGCGAGUUUUUCUGACCAUUCUUAAGGUCGUCGCUAUUCAGGUGAAUGAGCGUGAAUUCAUACUUUUCUUUUUAUAUAUGAUUCGGCCGGGACAGAAUUUGUUAUUUAUGCAUGAGUGGGAGCUAACGCUGCAGACGUAGUACAAUUGAAGCUACUAAGUGAAGGGUUUUGAGAGAACUUUUUCGUCAGGAUUAAUGGCCAUUCAAGAGUUAUCGCGAGUUCUUGCUUAGGAAGUGUCAUUUUCUUUUUCAACCAGCUGGGCCAAUAGCACUUUAAUAUGCGGUCUAAAUUUGCUGGUGACACUUGCACUCAUCUAUUUAGACUAUCGUGACGACUAAUACGAAGGACGUGAUUGAUCUUAACUUGUAACCGGGAACUCAGUCUCAAAGUCAAUAUUUGGAGACAAAGAAAAUGCAGUACCUACCCAGGACAUGUUGCGACAUGUUGGGACAUGAGGGGUGAAUUUGCACAACUGAAAAUUGGACCACUGAAUGCUGUUCGCUGAAUUUAAACUUACUUUAAUGGAUGACCGCUGCAUCACAGGGAGGUACACCAUAGACGUUCAUUCAUUUUCACUUCUUAUUUUUCAAUGCAUGUGUGUUUAACUUGGAUUUCACGGUAUGUAUGCGUGUUGAAAUACUUAUUUAAUACGCAGUGGCUAAAGCAUUGUCCGAAAUAUAAGCAAUUUCCUAGAUUUUAGAGCCACCGCACGAAGCUUUGGUCCCGGAAAAAAAAUUCUACGAAGUUGCAGGGAUCGUGGGCUGGUAUAAGGACAUUUGUUAUUGAUGACGUAUCGCCGAAUGUUCUGCCAUUCUGAACAUAGCUGUUGCUGCCCUUCCUGCUUACUUAUACGCAAGCAUUCGUACGUCCUGAAUUUUAUGCCGUUGUCUGUACUGAGUAUCUAUGAACUACCGUAUGCUGCUUCAAUGAAUUAUUUGUUAUUUACUGCAAUGUACGAACCUCGCUUUCUACGAGGGGGCCCGUUUUAUUUGCAGAUUAUUUCCAUGCCAUCUUGAACCUUGGGCUCCGAUGUAACGAGAACGGAAUUAUUGCUGAGACUAAAGUUUCCAAUGCAAAAUAUGAAACCGAAGCAAAAGAAACACACAAACAGAGGUGAUAACGCCAUGCUGUGUUGCUGCUUGUGUUUCACCCCCGUUUCUUUUUUACUUUUUUGUUGCGUUUGUAAACACAUGUCUCAGCAAGAAUAAAACUGCUGAAAACUGGGAUACGAAACUUUUCAUUAGUGUCUUCCACUUAGGGAAACAAUUGCCGUUCCGCAACGCUUUGAGAUGAAUGCGAAACAGUGUGCGCGGAAACAAUGUAUGGUACCUCUUCUGUUGGAUCCUCCUUGUGUAGUCGAGUAGUCUGCCCCCUCGACUGAAAGUAGUCGACACUUACUGUCCUGUUAUACAGGGUGUUCAUUUUUAAGUUUUACGCAAUUUUUAGAAAUAGCCUGUGGCAGGUAGCAUAAUUCUUAUCAUUCAGCUGGGUUAUUCGAUGAGGCGGACGUUAGUAGCUCGAGAAAUCUAAACACAUAUUCAACUAAUUAAAAAUAAUGACUUAUUAACUUCUUAGUUCAUUACUUUACGACUCAUAUUGCAAUUUGCGAAUUGUAGCCGGUGAGCUUGUCAGGCGUAUACACUUGGAAUGAAUUACCACAAUGACACCAGUUUGGAGAUGUGCGCCAUCAAACUGGCCGUAAGAAUGCACCGUUGUUCCACUUACUUUUUUUUACCAAAAUGUUGUUUUAUACGUUGAAGCACAAAAGUAACUGGAACGCCCAUGUGUUUCCUCCCACGCUUUGGGAAAUAAUAUCUCGAAACUGGUGUCAUCCUGGAAAUUCAUUUCAAGUGGAUUCUUCUUGCAAACUCACCGGCUACAAUUCGUAAAUUGCAAUAUGUGUCCGAAAGUAACUAACUAAGAAGUGCAUUAGUCAAUAUUUGUCAAUUAGUUGAAUAUGUGUUUAGAUUUCUCGUGCUACUAAUGUACUCCUCAAUGAAUAACCCAGCUCAUUGAUAAGAGUUAUGCUACCUGCCGCAGGCGAUUUCUAAAAAUUCCAUAAACUUAAAAAUGAGCACCCUGUAUAUAUGCUACCCAAAGGCCACUGACCUUGCCGAGUACAUUGCGCCCUCUGUGAUCAGUCGUUAUGAAUACUGGUGCGACAUUCCGCAAAUGGACUGAAAUCUAAAUUGGUGGGGUUGACGAGGACUCAUAAAUUGUCUCAUAGCCAGCCCCCCCCCCCCCCCCCCCCUCUACUCUCGUCCUGGCAAAAGUUCAGUCACCUUAAUUCCCCCAAAAAAGUACCCGAACGCUUACGCCAACGCGCUUGAUGCGUGUCUGAAGCUGUGUCUUUAUUAAGUAUUAAGUAACAGUUCAUAUAUGACCCGCGCAGCGAUAUUGCAAGAUGCAAUUCACGGCGUUCUACGACGCUCGAUUAAAUUCCUGACCCAGAAAUGCGGGAGCUUUCUUUCUUUUUCUAAACUUUACCUGUUUAUUGAAAACCUCGAGCAAAUGUUCGCUCUUUCGAGGCUGAUUUUCAGAGCUUGCUCAGUUCUUCAUUUAAGCCGCGUAAUGUAUGUAGUGCAGCCGCAGCGUACGUACUUGUCUCUGAAGUAUACUUGAAUCGAUUCUGAUUACCUUUUUUUUAUAAUAACAGCUUCAAUAUGCACGUGCGAGCCUCAUAAGAGCCCUGGCCCACUGAACUGAUAUUAUUCUAAGGGAGGCUGUUGCUACCUUCCUUAAUCAGCAGCACGCAUACUUUCCACGAUAGUACAAGAUUGGCUUAAAAUUUACUGAGGACGCUGUCAUUUCGAGACACUUUGCCCGGCCUGGGUUGUUGCAGGGUUUCAAUAUGUGUUCGUUAGGAAAGGCCUUACUCUAAGCUUGACAUUUCAUUCGAUUUCGUCAGUCUGUAUACUCAGAUAUGAUUAAAAUAUGUAGUCCACGUUGUUUUUUGCCUGUUUAUUCUCAGGGGAUAGCCGCCAAACCAUAUCUUUCUAAAAUUACCAUCAUUUCUGCCCUCUACAAUCUCACAUCAUGCUUUCGGUCCUUCUCCGCCAAUUUUGCCGUAUAUUGAAACGACAUGCUUGUUUCCAGUCUGUUUGUAGUAGUUCACACUUGACGCCUUUUGACUAAGUCAAGAAUACAGCUUCAGGACGAGGUAUUAUUAGACUUAUCGUUGUCUGUUACAUUAAAUGUUCAGGUAUUUAUGAUUACCAUAGAUACUUUUGUCAAGUCGAGCGAACGAGUAAUUGAUUUUAAGCAAUACCACACAAUUGGCUGUCAUACGUUAUUUUUUUGACUAGAUGUCGGAAAAAUGGCAAAUAACUCUUUUUCUAUAUUUUGAAACAUUACAUUACCCGUCAUGCGAGUAAAUGUCUGGAUGUCGCUCACUGUUGUGUUAAAAAGGGCUGAGUUUUUUCACGAAAUCAUUUCUAUUUAAAUUGUCGUUGGCUAAUUAAGUUUCUAGGCAUUCGUAUGUCAAAUAUAUCGCUAUUCUAGUUAAUCGAAGAUUACUCAGUCCUACUCUACACCCUGCUUCGCAUAAUUUGCAAUUUUAGGCAGGCUUUAGACGCGUUAUUCUUAGAAAUAUGUUUCAGAUUUUAUGAGACCUCACAGCCCUCAUACGCAGCUACAAACGCCAGUACACAUUCUCAAAGGCGUCUAUUCGCGGCAAUUUGCUGCCCAUUCUGAUUAAUUAUAAUUAAUGAGAAAUUUACUCUUUCCAAUUUUGUCGUCUCCUCGUUACUGUCACGCAACGGAAGCCUGCGUUAUCUACUCUCAAUUCAAGCAGACUCGUUAAGUCCAGGCACUUACAAACGUCUACCAAAAGUUGGCAAAAAAAAAAAAAGUGGUGCAUUCCCACGAGCAUAGAUUUCAUUGUCAGUUCCGAGAGUAAAAUCGAAAUUGGGCAGGUUGCAACGGAAUUACAACUUUCGCAGACUUCUCAAACGUUGUGUGUGCAGCAUCAUCAAAAUGGCGCUUGGUUUAUGUCGUGUUCGGUGGCUGCUAUCCCAUUCACAAAUUUCAUUUAAAAUCCGCUGAAAAGCGAAUACAGCUCUGUAAUCGCUGUCUUCCUCUCUUUAGGACACUAACUAUGGAAGUCGUCUUUCCGAGAUGGUGUACUCAUAAGUCCUUAGCAUUACAUAGAAUAUUGUCGCACACGAAUGAAAAUUUCCGAGUUAUUCAACACAUUAUUUUGGAAGAUGAAUACCCCUUUCGACGCAACAAGACCUGUAGACUGGCUUGUUGUUCUUCAACGACGAUUAUCUUGAGCACAAAUUCGACAGUUAUAAUACAAAGAAUGAAUUAAGACAAUACGAGUGCUAAAUUUCCUGCUUCCGCGAACCAGUUAGUGCUGCAGUCUCACCCAGGAAAGCCACGAACCUUGCAUGGCAAGUUGCAGACGCGACGUCACCUUCUUCACCUUAUUGUUCAAACAUUUCUGAGAAAUGUGGUCAGUAUAUUCAAGCUUGCACAUCCUUUUAACUAUGGCAUCUCUUCUAACAAAGUACCCGAAAUUAUAAUUGGGCGUAAAGAUCAGGCUGAAGCAAAAGGCUCAUCAGCACCCCUUCAUACGCUAAGGGAUCUGAUGAAAUCACUCAAGUUCCGGAUGUAUUUCUUUUGAAAUAUCUACCCAUUUAUGUGCAAAUUUCUGUUGCGUUACGAAACUUCUUUGCUUUAGAAACAAAUCCUGUGUUGAAGCUCGUAUGACCCGCAUAGUUGUUGUUUUCCCCGGUGCUGUUGUAACCCACAGUAGUUGUCGGGAGAUGCUUGUGACGCGCUUUCGGGCUUUCUAUAGUUAACUGUUACUUUCCGCGCUCUCUGUGCACGUGCUUGUUCUGUUGUCUGCUUUUGCAACAUUGUUGUCACGCGAAAAGCGAGUUGUUGUAGAAGAAUAAAAAAGGGAAAUGUCUGGACAAAUAUGCAUUGCAUACAAAGUUCUGCUACGGGACGCCCCAAUGUACCGACGAACAAAGCGUCCCGAACUUGUAGGUAGCUGUUAGUCGACACAAUAAACGCUGUUAUUCCUUAGAAUGCAGUCAGCGUUUGGCA